CUGAAAAUCACGUGACCGCCUCCCCCGGCUCCCGGACGUGGUGGCUGCUGCUGGCGCGCGCAGGCUUGGUCCAGCUGGGGGUUCGAUGCCUGCUGGGUCCCGCUUCCCGCCCGCAUGUCCCAGGCCGGUCCGGGCGCGGUGGCCGCGCUGGAGCCCCCGGCGGUGGCGACGCUGAAGCGGGCGGUGGAGCUGGACUCGGCGUCCCGCUUCCAGGAGUCGCUGGUGUGUUACCAGGAGGGGAUCGACUUGCUGCUGCGGGUGUUGAAAGCUACAAAAGAUGAAACAAAAAAAGCUCACUACAGACAAAAAAUAUCUGACUACAUGGAGAGAGCUGAAGCAAUUAAAAAACAUAUUGAAAAAGAAAGAGAAGAUGGUAAAUACCACCAGCAAAUUAAAAUUGAAGAAAAUGCAACUGGUUUCAGCUAUGAGAAGGUUUUCCAAGACUACCUUAAUGAGACUGUUACAGAAGUUUGGGUAGAGGACCCAUACAUUAGACAUGUUCACCAGUUCUACAACUUCUUACGAUUCUGUGAGAUGCUUGUUAAGGGGCCCUGCAAAGUGAAAACUAUCCACCUCCUCACUUCCUAUGAUGAAGGCAGUGGAAAGAGUCAGCAGACAAGUAGUCUAGAAGAAAUAAAGCAAUCACUAAAGAACUAUGGAGUAACACUGAAUGUCUCAUUCUCAUCUUCAAUUCAUGAUCGAGAAAUAAGAUUCAACAAUGGAUGGAUGAUUAAGAUUGGAAGAGGGCUUGAUUAUUUUAAGAAACCACAGGGUCGUUUUUGCCUUGGAUACUGUGAUUUUGAUUUGAGACCAUGUCAUGAAACAACAGUGGAUGUCUUUCAUACUAAACAUACAAAGAAAACAUGACCAAAUAUUUCUGUUAUUUAAUUACUGCUCUUACAAGCUUUAAAUGCCUGCUUUUAAUUUCUCUCAGUUACAUGUAGUGUACAUUUUUAUGGAAUAAACUAUAUUUUUUUAUA